AUGACUGGUCAUCCAGGCGUUUUAACGCGUACGGAGCGCCCUCCCGCCCGCCCUGAAAUAACGCGAGCUAAUGAUUUUCUCUUUUCAGCACCUCGGUUUGAAGAAGGACCGGCGCUAGCAACGGUAGCAGACCGGUUAGGCCUCCAGAAUGUUAGCAGAACAAUCUACAAGGCGCUACGCUCAGAUAGGGAGUCUUCUACCUUCGCGUGCUACAGCGCCGAACUGAGGAAAUUUUUGUCCUGGAAAGGGAGUGACGCCCUGCCAGCUAUUCCCCUAGAGAAGGCGGCCCUCAAUUAUUUUUGUGGCCCGUUGACGGGAGUCGAUCUGGAUAUCCAGCAGUCGAUAUUAGAAGCGGAACGCAGAUCUUCACCCGAAACCACGCAUCGUACGAAAAUCGACCAACAAUCAAUGCGGCGGCUGGUUUUGGAGGGAUUGGACUCUGCGGAUUACAAAGUUACACAAGCAGCAGCGCUUGCUUUUCUUCAAUCCAAAGUCUUUUUGAUAAUCAGUGAGGCUCAGGCUCUCCGGUCAGUCGACCUAACUUUUGUGGGAGGAGGAUACUACCGCCUGAAAAUUCGAAAAUCCAAGACGGACCAACACGGCAAGGGAGCGGUCAUCAAGUUUCACCUGGACAAGGUCGAAAUGGCAUUGUUGCGCAAGUACCUGGGUCAGUGCACUGGCGCGGUUCACAUUUUCCAAUCCAGGUCCACGGGAAGGCCUCUCUCAAGCGCAACCCUGAGGGAUAGGCUUAACUGCUUUUUAGGGGGUGAGGCAGCAUCGCUCGCUCUUAGCCUAGGUGCCGAACAAACCGCGGUGAUGAUGGCCGGUAGAUGGAAAACGAUCAACGCCUUUCGAUACUACGUGGCUCCCAAGGCAAUUCCACUACCAACAGACCCUACCUUCAGCGGUGCGCUUAACCUUGCUCAAAAUCGCCCGGAACUCAUGUACUGA